UCCGUGGCCGUCGGAUUAUGCGUGGCGAUGCAAGUUUAGUAGUUAGCCUACUUCUCUCGUCCUGGUUCCUAGAGUGAUUGGACUCAAUCACGCAAAAUUCCAGCCAUGUCUAGUCUUCAAAACCUGGGCAGCGCCCUAUAUCAGGCUCUCGUAGAGUUCCCCUCUAGUGCUCUGACUAUUCCAAGACAGCAAGACCUCAAAUCUACCCAAAUGCCCCGUUCUCACCCCCUGGAAGCGUCCAAAUACUCCAUCGGCGACUCGUUGUAUAACGAGUGCAGAUCGUCCAAGAGCGUGUCCGCGCUCGUAGCUGAGGAUGUUACAGUUUCGCCCGGUGAUGCUUGGAAGAAGGGCUUCGGCCACUACGUAAAAGGCGACAACGACCAUGCGGGUAUCCGAGACAUAGGGAAAGGUUUGGUUGAUGACGCUGCGCUGCUCAGAGCACGGGAUUGUGGGAAAUGGGGUAAACGUGACCCCAGUGAGCUGUUCCUUCGGUUAUACCACGAUGCGCUUUCCACAUUGGACGAGAAGCUUGCCCUUGGUAUGGUAAGUCCUUCGUUGAUGGGCAGUAGCGGCGUGGUGCCGCUGACCGUCAUAUCCGUCAUUCCCGACAUUGUUAGACACAUGUCCAACAUGAUUGUGCGGGCAGAACGUGAGGUCUUCCUCGCCACCAACUUCUGGCAAAACGGAGUUGCGUCGGCAUACAUCACCGACGCCAUGAGAGAGCUCUCACGCCGGGCCGGCGAACGAGGAAGCCGGAUCGUAAUGAAGAUCCUGUACGACCGUGGCAGCCCUAGACAGCUCCUCGAACCUCACUACAUCGUAUCUGAGAAGGAGUACACAGGAAAGGCCGUGGGCAUUCCUGCCAAGCACGAGAUCCCCAAUAUUGACCUCGAGGUCAUGAACUACCACAACCCCAUGUUGGGCACCUCCCAUGCUAAAUACAUGAUCGUAGACCGAAAGAUGGGUGUGAUCCAAAGUAAUAACAUCCAGGAUAACGAUAACAUGGAGAUGAUGGUUCAAAUCGAGGGUCCCAUUGUCGACUCCAUGUACGACAUGGCGCUGUUAAGUUGGCACAAGAAAAGUGACCCGCCUUUUCCGAGUGCCCGAUUCCCAGCGGCUGAAGGGGGCAUUGGCCACUUUCCAAUAAACCGUGGCGACUUAUUCAACCCGAAUGGCACCCUGAAGGGACAUUCAGUGGUCAUACACCCGAACAAACUCGUCGAGAGAGCUGCAGCUUACGGUCCGGAGGCGGACCAAAAGCUCGCCGACAACAUCAAGCCCGAACGUCACAUCAAGUUUGCAGGGUCGGACUCUUCCGUUCCCGCUCAGACUGUGCGUUCUUCACAGGACUCAAAUCAGCAGGUGCCACAGCAACCUAAGGUCCCAGCAAUCGUCGACCUUCCGGAGCACACAACAGACAACACCCACUACGACAAAGAUAUUGCAGGAGAGAUAGCCCGCGUGCAGGAGUCGGUGUCGACAAAGCCGGGAGAGACUCGGAUGCAGGCGGUGACUCGCCACCUCAACCACACCACCAACAUGGGAUUCCUUGGAAAUGCCCCUGAUUGUGAACCAGAAGACGAAAUGACGCCCAUGAUUCCGCAUCCUGUCCACGACCCCUUUCCUAUCGCACUCGUCAACAGACCUCCGUACGGUCCCCCGAACCACAAGUCGGUGUCGAACCCGCAAAAUGCAGUGUGGCUAUCGGCGCUGAGGAACGCCAAGAAGAAUGUCUUUAUCCAGUCACCAACACUCAAUGCGGAGCCGCUUGUCCCAGCAAUUGUUGAGGCCUGUGAGCGAGGUAUUGACGUAUACUGCUAUAUCUGCCUGGGGUACAACGACGCGGGAGAGCUCCUGCCUAUGCAAGGCGGCCACAACGAAAUGGUCUCCAGUCACCUUUACGCCGCCCUCUCCCCAUCAGCCAGACCCCGUCUGCACUACUUCUGGUAUGUGGCUAAGGACCAGACCAAGCCCAUCGUGGCGGACAAGAAACGCCGCAGUUGCCACAUAAAGCUCAUGAUUGUAGACGAGUAUAUCGGCAUCAUUGGUAGCGGCAAUCAAGAUACACAGUCGUGGUUUCACUCACAAGAAUCCAAUAUUAUGCUAGAAAGCCGUGAAGUCUGCAAGGUAUGGAUCGAUGCCCUGCGGCGCAACCAGAAUACCCAUCGCUACGGCAUGGCGAGCCAAGAGGAUGGCGUGUGGAGGAGUCCGGAGGGGAAUGAGGCCGAGGGCGCGAUUGGCGCUGAUCCAGGGAAGUUUAGUUGGGCGAGGGGUGUGGUGGGCGCGGUGAAGAGGCUCCAGGGGACCGGUGGGUUUUGAGACGCGUCUUGGGCACGAACCAUUUGAUUUUCAUUAUGCCGUUCAAGGGAGUUGGGUAUUGGAGUUGAAAUUUUGAACAGGACGAUUGAUAUCCAGAGCACACACGUCACCGGGUCGACUCCAUUUGC